AUGAAGGAGCGGCAGCGUUGGCGGCCUGAGGAGGAUUCGUUACUCCGCGCGUACGUACGGCAGUACGGCCCGCGCGACUGGCACCUCAUCUCCCAGCGCAUGAACUCGCCUCUCGACCGAGACUCCAAAUCGUGCCUCGAGCGUUGGAAAAACUAUCUUCGCCCCGGGAUCAAAAAGGGCUCCCUCACACCCGACGAGCAAGCCCUCGUCAUACGUCUCCAGGCCAAGCACGGCAACAAGUGGAAAAAAAUCGCAGCCGAAGUUCCCGGGAGGACAGCUAAGCGUCUCGGAAAGUGGUGGGAGGUUUUCAAGGAGAAGCAGCUCCGCCAGCAAAACGAGCACAACAGCAAAAACGAGGCAUCGUUAGUUGAGCCCAUCAAGGAGCGGAAAUACGACCACAUUCUCGAGACUUUUGCUGAGAAGCUCGUUAAGGAGCCGGCCCGUGUAGUAGCAGCGCCUAUGCCUCCGAGCCCGGUUCCGAAUGGAACGGGCCCGCCGCUUCCGCCGUGGAUGGCGGUGGGCCCGAGUUCGCCGUCGGUGGCUUUGACACUUUCCGGCCCACCGGGCCCGGCAAUCUCCUGGCUGCAAGGGCCCGUGGGCCAUGGAAAUUUUCCAGGCUGCAAUGAUUAUGGUUCUAAUAAUAAUGGUGGGCUUGUUUUAUCGGAGCUAGGGGAGUGUUGGAGGGAAAUGGAGGAAGGGCAGAGAGCUUGGGCGGCCCACCGGAAAGAGGCGGCGUGGAGGCUGAGGAGAGUGGAGCUGCAGCUGGAAUCGGAGAAGUCGAGCAAACGGAGGGAAAAAUCGGAGGAGAUUGAGGCGAAGGUGAGGGCUUUAAGGGAAGAGGAGAAGGCGGCGCUGGAGAGGAUUGAGGUCGAGUAUCGGGAGCAGCUGGCGGGGCUACGGCGGGAGGCAGAGGUUAAGGAGCAGAAGCUGGCCGAGCAGUGGGCAGCGAAGCACGCUCGUCUGGCCAAGAUACUUGAGCAGGCGGGGGUACGGCUGGCCGGAGGCGGCGAGGCGAAUGGGCGGUGA